AUGGAGGGGGUGGAUAUGGAUCGAGGCUUCUUCAGGAAGGUGGACGUGCCGGAUCACGCUCACUACAUCGUGGCGUUCUUUGUGGUGGUCAUCGGGGCUGUGGGAGUAAUGGGGAACGCACUGGUCAUGUAUGCCUUCUUCUGUAACAAGAAACUACGGACUCCCCCAAACUACUUCAUCAUGAACCUCGCUGUGAGUGACUUCCUCAUGGCCAUUACGCAGUCACCCAUCUUUUUUGUCAACUGCAUGUACAAGGAGUGGGUGUUUGGUGAAACGGGGUGUAAGAUGUAUGCCUUUUGUGGGGCUUUGUUUGGGAUCACUUCCAUGAUCAACCUGUUGGCCAUAUCCAUUGACCGCUACAUAGUGAUCACCAAGCCCCUGCAGGCCAUCCGCUGGACGUCGAAGCGCCGGACGCUGCUCAGCAUCCUGCUGGUGUGGAUGUACUCUCUAGCCUGGAGUCUGGCACCCUUACUGGGAUGGAGUUCCUACAUCCCAGAGGGUCUCAUGACGUCCUGCACAUGGGACUACGUCACGUCCACUCCCGCUAACAAGAGCUACACUCUCAUGUUGUGCUGCUUCGUCUUCUUUAUCCCCCUGGGAAUCAUAUCCUACUGCUACUUCUUCAUGUUUCUGGCUAUUCGUAACACAAGCAGGGAUGUGGAGCGUCUGGGAACUCAUGUGAGGAAGACUACUCUGAUACAGCAGCAGUCUAUAAGGACUGAGUGGAAGCUGGCCAAGGUCGCCUUUGUGGUCAUCAUCGUGUACGUGCUGUCCUGGUCACCCUACGCCUUCGUCACUCUCAUCGCCUGGGCAGGGUACAGCAGCAUCCUAACACCAUAUUCCAAGGCAGUGCCUGCAGUCAUAGCCAAAGCAUCGGCCAUUUAUAACCCCAUCAUCUACGCCAUCAUCCACUCCAAAUACAGGAACACUUUGGCUGAGAAGAUACCGUGUCUUUACUUCAUGGCCAAGCAACCUCGUAAAGAGUGCAUCUCCAUUUCCAACAGCGAGUCCUCCUUCAGGGAAUCCAUGCUAAGCAGACAGUCAUCUGGGUCAAAGGCCAAGUUCCAGAGAGUGUCAUCCAUGUCCACUGGUGAUACAGUCUGGAGUGAUGUGGAGUUGGAUCCAAUGGACCAUAAGAUUCAGACCAUCAGGAGCUCUCAGUCAGCCGACCUGCUGCGGGAGAUGGAGCGAAGGCAGCUCCGGCAGGGAAAAGCCAAGAACUGCUUUUCUCAAGAGAAGCUGGUCAUCCCAGAGGGCAGCUCGCUGAGCAGCUGUGCCCAGGAUAAGGUCAAUACGGCCCCUGUGCCUCUACUCAACUCAAAGGAGACGCCAGGAGCCCAGCGGAAACAGCGGGACCAGGCCGUGUCCUCCCAACAGAAAAACACUGAUUCACAAUCCCCCGACACGAGACACGAGGCCUUUCACGAGGACACGGAUACGUCAGAAAUCACGGCCAGUCCCGAGACGGAGAGCAGCCUGGCCCAGACCAGAGAGGACAACCUGCUGCUGGGCCUGAAGAGUUUAAACUGUUCCACAGAGUUUCUGGAGUCUGUGGAGAAGUUUCUGUCCUGAAACUGAAAUGAACCUGGACCCAAAGAUGCUCCACCUGAGCCGAGGUGAUAAUACACACACCCACGGCAAGGAGAGCGGUCUGUACUACCAGUCUGCAAGAAGAACAGUGACCACCAAUAAAACUGUUCACACUGACACACACACACACACACACACACACAACCAACCUGCUGCUGCUGCUACUGUAAUAAAUACUGUCUGCCACCAAGUCUGCAUUAACACACUGCCUAAACACAGCCACAGUCUCACUAAGAGGAACCGCCGUGGUGGUCACCAACAGUUCACAAUAAUUAACAAUAACUUCUUUUUACAGGUUCUUAAUCUCUUGGUAUUAUCCAGGAGAGUCUGAGGUACAAACUUAUAGAUUAAUAAGUCUUAUAGAUGGAUAUUUUUUGCAUUAUAUUGAUGGUAUAAUAUACUUUUUGGAGUUUGGAUGGUUUGAACACUAAACUACACAAAAAUAAGGUUUCAAUAGGUUUGAGCCAUUACCAAGGUACAUAAGAGGAAUCCCCAAAAUACCCUAAAUAAUGUUUAAUUAUUUGAUAUACACUGCCCGGCCAAAAAAUAAAAAAUAAUUUAAGUAAGUGGAUGUAAGUAAGUAAAUGAUGUGGGGUUGGUUGGUUGAUGCUGCAGUUGGUCUGCAGGUUUAGGUUCAGCAACAGUAUGUGCUGAAAGAAUGAGGUCAGCUGACUACCUGAAUAUACUGAACAUAGAUCAGGUUAAUCCAUCAAUUGAUUUUGUGAAAGCAAAAUAAUUGAUAUAUAAAAAUAAAAUUGUUCUGUUCCAAGUGAUUUUUAAAAUUUCGUAGCAUUUCUAUUGGUCCAUUCAUCAUAUAUUUCUGACUUAAUGUAAAUUACAACAGCCAGAUUCACAUUAUGACAAAAAGUGGUAUUCUCGAGAUAUGCUGCUUCAGCAUCAGCAGACGGAGUCUGAGAGAGCACAAUGCUCUGAGAGGCUAUGCUCUCUCUCUCUCUAUGGGUGGGUAGAUGAUACUCUCCAUUUUUAAAUACACAAUUUUAGUAUUCCUUUUUUUUCUACCAGACAGUUUACAUUGUUAUUUACAGUCAGUGUUUCAGUGUUAUCUUACUUUCACAGUAGAUACGAUAUGCCUUUAUUCCACAAUAGCACUCUUUCAACUGCAUUUUAACUUUUUAGCCAAAGUGAAGGUAUAAAGUAUGAAGGCACAUUUAAGAGUUUUAGAUUUUUACAACUGAACCAAAUAUUGUAUAAAAACACACUGUGGGUGGCAGCAGUCUUCUGCACGGCUAUGACGUCAGUUUUUUCUUGUUAUUUUAAAGUAAUAUAUUCAAACUAAAGCUGUUUUUCUCUUAUGGGCUGAGUGCAAGUUCUGUUUAUUACUUGAGGCUUUUUUUUUUUAUAACA